UGCUUAUUAGAUCCGCAUAGCUAUUAAUCUUAAAGCUUGAUUGUUUUGUUAGCAAUUUAUGACUCUAUUUUGACCUUUUCUCUUCUGUGUUUCUUAAUCACUCAACUCUACUCAACUGCUAUUCUCUUCUUCGUCAACAUCGAACAUUUUUUGUUUACAUAAAAAAAUGUUAAUACGAGCUUUUUUACUAAUUCUGUUUCUUCUACUCUUCGCAUCUUUCUCACUCGCUCAUGAACUCACCGAGUUAGAUCAGCUGGAGGAGCUCACUGCUAAUGUUACAGCAGCUGCUUCGAAUUCUUCCGAUUCUUUUUCCAAACCUAAAGAAGGCACGUUCGCUAAAAUCAUUGACGAUGCUCUUCAACGAGAGUUUCCUGACUCUGAAAAUGAACAAAACGACGCAACUGAUUCUAAAAGCUUCAACAACAGUGUAGCUGACCAGCAGGCAGUUUUGGAAACUGUAGCCAGAGUUAAACCGAAGAAAAAUGAUACCAAAGAGGAAAAAUCCUUUAAACUCCAUAAUGUUUUCAAUUUGGACAAUGAGAAUGGUGUUGAAGAUACCCCAACAUUGAUAGAUAGAAAGGACAAUGUCUUCAUUAUAUCUAAUUUUAAAUCAAAGUAUCCAGUGCUGCAGCUUGACCUGAGAUUGAUAUCGGAUUUGGUUGUCGUCAUUGUAUCUGCAACCUGUGGUGGCAUUGCGUUUGCCUGUGCUGGACAACCGGUUAUUACUGGAUAUUUGCUAGCAGGAUCUGUUAUCGGGCCUGGAGGUUUUAACUUUGUCAGUGAAAUGGUUCAAGUUGAGACUGUGGCCCAAUUUGGUGUUAUUUUUCUCCUCUUUGCAUUGGGCCUAGAAUUUUCAACAACAAAACUUAAAGUUGUUCGAGCUGUUGCUAUUUUAGGAGGUCUUCUCCAAAUUUUAUUAUUUAUGUUUCUAUGCGGAAUUACUGCCAUGUUAUGUGGUGCUAAACCUUCGGAAGGUGUAUUUGUUGGUGCUUUUCUUUCAAUGUCUUCAACAGCAGUGGUUUUGAAGUUUCUGAUGGAAAAGAAUUCUAUAAAUUCCCUUCAUGGACAAGUCACCAUUGGGACCCUUAUUCUGCAGGAUUGCGCUGCUGGAUUGCUGUUUGCUUUACUUCCAGUUCUUGGUGGAACUUCUGGUGUUCUUCAAGGAGUAAUGUCCAUGGCUAAAUUGUUGGUAGUGUUGAUUGCAUUUUUAGCUGUCUUGUCAAUAGCAGCCCGUACUGGUGUCCCUCGUUUUCUCAAACUUAUGAUGAGCCUAUCAUCAGAGACAAACGAGCUCUAUCAGUUGGCAUCAGUAGCAUUCUGCUUACUUAUAGCUUGGUGUAGUGAUAAGCUGGGCCUAAGUUUAGAAUUGGGAUCAUUUGCUGCUGGGGUGAUGAUAUCAACAACUGACCUUGCUCAACAUACGUUAGAACAGAUAGAACCCAUUCGCAAUAUUUUUGCUGCUCUCUUCCUAUCCAGCAUCGGAAUGCUAAUAAAUGUUCAUUUUCUCUGGAAUCAUGUCGAUAUAUUGCUUGCAUCUGUUAUAUUAGUCAUAAUCAUAAAGACAACCAUAUUCACUACAGUUGUUAAGGGAUUUGGUUAUAAUAACAAGACUGCACUACUGGUCGGAAUGUCUCUAGCUCAAAUUGGUGAAUUUGCUUUUGUACUUCUCAGUCGUGCUUCUAAUCUUCAUCUAGUUGAGGGGAAGGUUUACCUGCUUCUUCUUGGGACAACAGCUCUUAGCCUGGUAACAACUCCUCUUCUUUUCAAGCUAAUUCCUGCCGUGACACAUCUUGGGGUGCUUCUACGAUGGUUUCCACCCGACAGUUCUGUUGAGAUUGGAUUGAAAGGAGAGAACUUCCGCUCCGACAGUGGUAAACAGCGGAUUACUCUAAUCAUCCAAGAACCUCACGACUCCCUUGGAGAUGCAAGAACAAGGUAAAAGUAAUCUAACUGCCAUAAAGACUGACUUGGAGCUUUACUUGUGAUUUAGAUAACCAUUUUUUUUUCUGCCACGUCUUUUUCCCCUUGUUCUUCUUUGUAUCAUAGUCAAAAUUAAGCUUGUAUCUAGAAUCAAACUGCUAACAAUUCAUAUUUGAUGUUCAAAGAAAUUGUAAAAUUCAUCAGAUGAAGCUUAUUAUUUCAUUAUUAGAAAUUUAUACCCAA